UGGUCACAUCCGGUCGUAUAUAUGUUGCCACGAGUUAGCGGCGAAUUUGGAGGGUGUCCAUUUUGAGCAGCCAGUCGGCGUCUCCGAUAUUUCCCCUUAAAUCUUUUGAAGAGCCCACCGUCAGAAUGGCAGACGCUGAGACUCUCCUCAUGGAGACAUCAGACCAGAAUGGCAACGAGGGAGAGGAGGACCAGAACGGAGCAGAGCAGGAGCUGAUGGUUGAACAGGAUUGUCAAGAUGGUCAAGAUGGCGAGGAUUGCCAGGACGGCCAGGACAAUGGCACAGAUGGAGGCAAGAUUGAUGCCAGCAAAGGAGAGGAGGAUGCCGGUAAAAUGUUCGUGGGCGGCCUCAGCUGGGACACGAGUAAAAAGGACUUGAAGGAUUACUUCAGUAAGUUUGGUGAGGUGUCGGACUGCACCAUCAAGAUGGACUCCAACACUGGCCGAUCUCGAGGCUUUGGCUUCGUUCUCUUCAAAGACUGCUGCAGCGUGGACAAGGUGCUGGAGCAGAAGGAACACAGACUGGACGGACGUCCGAUCGACCCCAAGAAGGCGAUGGCCAUGAAGAAAGAGCCUGUCAAAAAGAUCUUUGUCGGGGGGUUAAACCCUGAAGCAACUGAGGACACCAUCAGGGAACAUUUCGGGGCGUUUGGAGAGAUUGAAACCAUUGAGCUUCCCAUUGACCCCAAAUCAAAGAAAAGGAGGGGUUUCAUCUUCAUCACAUACAAAGAUGAGGCCUGUGUCAAGAAGUGUCUGGAGAAGAAAUACCACAACAUCCAGGGUGGCAGGUGUGAGCUGAAGAUCGCCCAGCCAAAGGAGGUGUACCAGCAGCAGCAGUAUGGAGCCGGCCGCGGUGGUGGUUAUGGAGGCCGGGCAGGCAGGGCACGUGGAGGUCACAACCAUGGCUGGAACCAGGGAUACGGAAACUACUGGAACCAUGGAUACGGUAACCAAGGCUAUGGCUACGGUGGAUACGGCGGCUAUAACAACUACGACUACUCUUCUGGUGGUUACUAUGGAUAUGGUCCCGGAUAUGAUUACAACCAGGGAAAUGCCAGCUAUGGGAAAACUCCGAGGCGGGGGGGACACCAGACCAGCUACAAGCCAUACUGAUGAUCACAUGGGAGUGCAAGGACUCCAGUGAUCCAGUGAGACCAAUGGCUGGACGGACACACUGGGCAUGACUCGACCUCUUUUAUGACAGAAGACCAUUUGUACAGAAAACAACUGAAAUGUAACUUUUCCAUUUUUUUUUAAUCCUAUCAUUUUUAGGUUUUACUUUUUCCCCUUUUGGUGGUGUUUUUUUUUUUUUUUUUUUUUUUUUCUUUCCCCUCCACAUUUCCAUCGAUGGAAGUGUAAUUUUUACUGUACUUUUUGGUACCUGUUUUGAUUCUAAUGUAUUGUAAGGCUUGUAUUUUACAUGUUUGCUGACUUUACAGGUUGAAAAUCUUGGCACUGUAAAGGAGCUUUUUUGACAAAUAAAAAAACAUUUUCAGUAACUUUUUUUGUUCUGAUGCUUCCAGGUUCUGGGGUGGAAGAUGAAAAAGUUGUUCAGUGUGUUCAAGCUUAAAAUGUAGUUGUCAAAUUUAACUUCAGUGUUAAUUUCUCUGGUUUUCUAGCCACACAAUCCAAUGAUCUGUAAUACUAAAAUGUUACAUUUAGUAACUUUAAAGGUCACCCUCAGAUGAACCCCUUAUUUUUCUCCCUGCUCAUGUGGAAUCGAGUGUCAGGAGAAGUCUAGUUAUAAUUCCUGAAAACUGCAAUGACUGCCUGCAAGCUUCUUUUUUUCCCGAUUGACCAGGGAGUUAAACAUCUGAAAGCAUACAGAUGUGUUGGAUGGGAUGGGAUGAUCAGACCAUAUUUAAAAUCAGCAAACUUUAAGUUUCUAUGUAAGUUCAGUUUGUGUUUGUCAAGUGCCGUUUUUAGAAGUAAUUCCUCUGAAGUUAAGUAUGCUUUGGUUUUUUCUGGACAGACUUCAGGCCACUGGAGCCUCCUCAGCUAGUGUCUGGCAAUUUUAUUAGUAAUAAAUAUUCUCGUUUGUAA